ACUGUACAGUUCAAAUAAAGUAUUGCGGUUGCGUCUUAUCAGUUUUCAGUCGGCUGCCGAUUUCCGACAAGAUCGAACGUCGUUCCUGCAGUGGCGGCGAUUAUUACUAUAACAAAUCACGUAGCUCGCUGAGUCGAGUUUAAAUCGCAUAUCGUCAGAUCAGAUCAUCGCGUAUUUAUAUUAUUACUAUUAAAUAACACUGUACACGGCUUGUUCGCUGAAACGAGACACGUCCUUAGCAUAUAAUAUAGUCUGAUCCACGAUGCGUUCCGUAGCAGCGAUGUUAGCAUCACCACUGUUGGCCGCGUGCCUCAUCUGUUUGUUCGUUUCCAGUCUUACAUCCACAGAAAUGACGUCCAAAGGUGGCAGUGACGACGGGGCCCUAUACCUGACGCCCCUGAUACAGGCGGGCCGGAUCGACGAGGCACGAGCCGCGUCUAAGGUGAAACCCCUGAAGGCGGCCAUCGAGAGCUACUCCGGUUACCUGACCGUGGAUGAAGUGCACGGUUCUAACAUGUUCUUCUGGUUCUUCCCUGCCAUGAACAGCGCCCAAGAUGCGCCCGUCAUGUUGUGGCUGCAAGGCGGGCCUGGUGCGUCCAGCUUGUACGCUGUGUUCGACGAACACGGCCCGUUCUCGGUGGCCAAGACCCAUGGGCUCAAGCUGCGCAACCACACGUGGGUGGCUACCCACUCGAUUUUGUACUUGGACAACCCGGUGGGGACGGGGUAUAGCUUUACCGGCGACGAAGCAGGUUAUAGCACCAACCAGACGUCCGUCGGCCUCAACGCGUACCACGCCCUGUUGCAGUUCUUCACGCUAUUCCACGAGUACCAGCACAACGAUUUCUACGUGACCGGUGAGUCGUACGCGGGUAAGUACGUGCCAGCCGUGUCGUACGCCAUCCAUCUGAAUAAUCCCGCAGCAAAAGUCAAAAUCAAUCUCAAAGGACUGGCUAUCGGUAACGGUCUGGUCGACCCCAUUAACCAGUUGAUGUACAGUGAAUACCUUUACCAGCACGGGUUCGUCGACGAGUACGGCAGAAAAGAGUUGGAUGUACUGGAAAACUUAGCUCGCACCCAAAUCCUUAACGAUGACUACUUGGGCGCUUUCAAGACGUUCGAAAAGCUGUUGUUGAAAAGCGAAAUCUAUCCGUACCCAUCGCUGUUCCAGAACUUAACCGGCAUGCAAUACUACUUCAAUAUGCUGUGGGACCGGGACCCGGCGCCAUACGGUGACUUGGAGAAGUACGUGCAAGAACCGUUCCUGCGGGAAGCGCUGCACGUGGGCCAGAAGCCGUUUAACAACGCUUCAGUGGUCGAACUUCACCUGGCCGAGGACAUGAUGCGGUCGGUGGCCCGGUGGCUCGCCGCCCUACUGGAUGCUGGUCAGUACCGCGUCCUGUUGUACUCCGGCCAGCUGGACAUCGUUAUACCAUAUCGCAGCACGAUGAACAUGGUCAAGUUGCUGAAGUGGUCGGGCUCGGAGCGGUUCCAGAAUGCGACGCGGACCAUUUGGCGGGUGGGCUACAAAAAUUCAACAGUCGUGGCUGGUUACGCGACCACGGCCGAUCCGCUGACCGUGUUAUUGGUCAGGGACGCCGGUCACAUGGUGCCGGCGGACCAGCCAAUUUGGGGCUUGGACAUGAUCAACCGAUUUACGACCGGCAAACCGUUUUGACUGGACCGCAAGUUUGACGAAGCUUCAUGCGACAAUAUCGCGACAUAAUUUUAUGAAAUAAUAAUAUUAUUAUUAUAUGUUUAAUUUAAUCGAACAGGUAAAUUUAUUCAUAACUUAAUAAUUUAAAAUAGGCAUCAGAUAAAUAAACAAUUUUACGAUUUGUAGCCGACGACGAUUGAUUAAUUAUUAUUGCAAUAUAAUAAUAAUAUGGUAAA